CCCAGCCUCAAUUUUUCUCCAGCAUUUGGAAUCUGUUCAUUCCACCAAGACAUCCUUUGGGGUUACUUAUUGUGGGAUUCGGGGUGGGGUGCAGAGGAGGACGCUGCAAAGGCACGGACUACAGGGGGCAAUCUGUGAAGUUGCGCCCCAGGGGUGUCCUGGGCCCCUGGACACGCGGAAGGGGACCACUGCAGUUUUACAGUAAAAUUGUGAUUUCCCACCUUUCAAGAAUUUUCCGAAGAAAUACAGCUCCCAGCUAUAGUGAGGCCCAAGUACUGCCUUGGUCCAGGAUGGCUAGAGAAUCGAAGGAAAGCGCAGCCUUGGACGCCCAGUCUGCAGAGGACCGGACCGGGAUCCUGACCGUGAAGGUGGAGAAGGAGGAAGCCUCCGCCUUGGCUGCUGAGGCGGGCGCCCCAGUCAGCCCAGCUCCGGGCUCCGAGCACUCCCGCCAGCGCUUCCGAGGCUUCCGCUACCCAGAGGCUGAGGGGCCCCGCGAGGCUCUGAGCCGGCUCCGGGAGCUCUGCCGACUGUGGCUGCGGCCUGAGGUGCACACUAAGGAGCAGAUCCUGGAGCUGCUGGUGCUGGAGCAGUUCCUGACCAUCCUGCCGGGGGACCUGCAGAGCUGGGUGCGGAAGCAGCAUCCCGAGAGCGGGGAGGAGGUGGUGGUGCUCUUGGAGUAUUUGGAGAAGCAGUUGGAUGAGCCGAUGCCGCAGGUCCCAGGUGGUGACCAGGGGCAAGAACUGCUCUGUUGCAAGAUGGCAGUGUUGACACCAGCUCAGAGGUCACGAAAUACCCAGUUCCAGCCAAGAAAGGCUCCACUCAAGCAUGAAUCUUUGGGAUCCCAGUCCUUACCAGACAGAGUUCUCCAGGUUCCUAGGCUUGCCUCUGGAGGGCGCUGCAGAGAAGAUGCAGUGGUAGCCACCAGGCUUGCUCCAGAGUCCCAGGGGCUGCUGAAAAUGGAAGAUGUGGCCCUGACCCUCGCUCCUGGAUGGACACAGCUGGAUUCAUCUCAGGUGAACUUCUACAGAGAUGAAAGGCAGGAGAACUAUGGCAGCCUGAUCUCCUUGGGUGGUGCAGUGCAGACGAAGAUCAGGGACCUGCCUCCAGACGAGGACCAUCCAGGACAAGAGUCUGGUCAGAUACCAUGCCACUUGGGUGAAGCCAUUGGCCAGAUUCCUGCACGUGCAGAAGCUGGUGAUCAGGAGGGCAGGUUACAAAGAAAGCAGAAAAGUGCUGCAGGGAAUAGGCGGCAUUACUGUCAUGAAUGUGGAAAGACUUUUGCUCAGAGUUCAGGCCUGACUAAGCACAGGAGAAUCCACACUGGGGAGAAACCCUAUGAAUGCGAGGAGUGUGGCAAGACCUUCAUCGGGAGCUCUGCCCUCGUCAUUCAUCAGAGAGUCCACACUGGAGAGAAACCUUAUGAGUGUGAGGAAUGUGGCAAGGUCUUCAGUCACAGUUCAAACCUUAUCAAACACCAGAGAACUCACACCGGGGAGAAGCCCUACGAGUGUGAUGACUGUGGGAAAACCUUUAGCCAGAGCUGCAGCCUCCUUGAACAUCACAAAAUCCACACUGGGGAGAAGCCAUACCAGUGCAAUGUGUGCGGCAAAGCCUUUAGGCGCAAUUCACAUCUCCUGAGACAUCAGAGGAUCCACGGCAAUAAAAACGUUCAGAAUCCUGACCGUGGAGAGACCUGGGAGAGUCAGGGGAGGAUGGAAAGCCAGUGGGAAAAUGUUGAGGCUCCCGUGUCUUAUAAAUGUAAUGAGUGUGAGAGAAGUUUCACUAGGAAUAGAAGCCUUAUUGAGCAUCAAAAAAUCCACACUGGUGAGAAACCCUAUCAGUGUGAUACAUGUGGAAAAGGCUUCACCCGAACUUCAUACCUUAUUCAACAUCAGAGAAGCCACGUUGGGAAAAAAAUUCUGUCUCCAUGACCCAUGUCUUAUAUGCCAGAGUUGGUGCUCACUCCUCGUUGAACUGAAGCCACCCUGGAACCCUUGCUGACUAGAAAAUUGUGAGCUGGGCUUUAUUUACUCCCACAUGUCAUCAGGUGUUUGUUAGAAAAUAGAGACUGGCUGAGAUGAAUUAUCUUCUACAUCUUAGAAGGUGAUUGAAAAAAGAAAAACAACUUGUUUGAUAGGAGGCUAUGGGAGAGUUGUCUGGAAGAGGUCAGACCUGAAAUGAUUCUCACCUUUUAGGCUUAAUUGGGCUUCUAGACUGGCUAAUUAAUCACCCUCGGCCAGCACUUUGUGACGUCUCCUGGGUGGAUGGCUCUGAUUUGGGGCGCUGCUGCUCUGACUGUUCAUUUUGCCUAUAAUGAAUUCCUCACCAGUUGGUUGGAUCAAUGAUGUCUUAUACCCCCAUUGUGCCUUGCAUACAGGUGCUAUAAACAUUUAUUAAAUAUACCAGUGAAACGAC